AUCAGUUUUAGUGCCAAAACGGCCCUUAAAUUCAAACUAACAUUCAUUUGAUAAUCAUUUGAAACUUUUGUUUGAAAGUCUGUAUAUCUCUGGGUUUGUGGUGAGGACUCACUGACGAGUCUACGCAUUGGCUCUCAAUUUAAUGAGUUGUUUAUGUUAUGUAUGAGUUGUCUCCUGUUUUAGGGUGUGCUUCGUUAGCAACACUUGUAUUCAUUUGACUAAAAUUACUAUUAUUAUUGUAUUAUUGUAUUAUUGUAUUAUUGUAUUACUAUUUGGUAACCAAUUUCUCAAACAAACUCUAGAAUUCUUUCAAAAGCUUUUACUAUUUAUUGAAUGUAAGCAUACAUUCAACGCGUUUGCAUUGAAUUUGUGUUUCAAAGUGAAGGCGUCUCAAAAUAUUUUCAGUGAAUUAUUAUUAACUGGUAUUUCAACUAAACUUUAAACAACAAACAAUCACUAAACACAUUAAACUAUAAUUUUAACUAAACUUUUCUUUUCAAGUCAACAACAGUUAACAUUGUAUUGUUUGAUACAAUCUUUUUUUUGUAAUUUAAAACAACUUAAUAUCAAUUGAUUUUUAUUUUUAUUUUCAUCAAAAAACCUCAUCAUUAAUUGUAUGCAAAAAUGCCUCAAAGCAAACAUCUAAACUAUUAUGGAUUUCUGGGCCUUUUUGUUGCCUUAGCAUCUGUGGCAUCGUUUUUCAUACUGAAAAACAAGGAUUGCACGAUAGGAAGGGGUGAAGAUUAUGCCGAUUAUCUCGAGAUUAUUCAGAUAACCGGAACCAUUACCGGUGGCGUACUUUUUAUACUCAGCUUCUUCAACAUUGCCGGUGUCUUAUAUGACAUUAAAAUCUUAUUUUUUGCGGCUAUCGUUGUUAUACUGGGAGUGGCGGGUGUUAUGUUUUGGGGCGCAUAUAUAGCGUUUACAGAGCCAUGUACUGGAUCAAUUUUGGGAAUCAACUCAUCUUUAUUUGAGAAAAAUGCUGUCAAUGCUAAAGAUGGACAUAAUAUAGCAAUUUUGGUGUUGGAUGUGUUGGCCGGUCUUAUGCUUACAUCUAUUGGAUUCACAUUUGCUAAACGUCUAUAACUUUAAAGGAUAUCACUUAUUGUGUAUUCAUUACUAUAUUAUAUAUUAUAUGUAUAUUCUUUGAUUUUUU